CCUGUUUAAUGCUUUCACAAAAAAAAACAAAAAAAACCGCAUAUUUAUCUGGUUUUCAUCUUUUUCAGACACGAAUGGGUGACCAAUCUUAUCUUCCUGUCCCGCCCGGGGUGGGAAUGGACGAGAAUUUCUUGUCUCUCGACGAUAUUUUGCUGUCUCAUGAGAGACUUCCCGUCCGGACCGAGUGCACUUUUCCUCGGCUUGGAUUCUUGGAAAAGUCCGCUGACUCUCAAGACAUCCCGGAGGGUACAAAGAUGGAGCUUCCUUUGUGGCUGGCCAAGAGUCUGUAUGAGAGGAAGAGGAGGGUGCUGGCCGUUGAUCUUCCCAAGGUGUACAGAGAGGGUUGGAGGACCGUGUUCAGCGCUGACCCGAAUGUAGUGGACCUGCAAAAGAUGGGGCCGUACUACUACGGCCUGGGCUCCCAGAUGCUGCAUUUUGACAACCCAGAAAACCCGGAGAUUGCACAAACGUUGCUUCAGACAUUCAUCGGCCGAUUCCGGCAAGCUAUGGACUCUUCCCAAAAUUCCUACAACGAGGACACGUCGGCACUGGUGGAUCGACUGGACUGCCUGGAGAGGGCGCUGUUCAGGUCUGGGCAGAGUGGCCUGAAUGACUUCCAGAGGUGGGAGAAGGGUCAGGCGUCACACCUCACUGCCUCUAGUCUGGUUCUCAACUAUCGCAAGAGGAAGAUAGCGGACGUGCAGCCCUGACCUCCGCCGCUGGAUGUAAGAUACUUUUUCUGACCUCGGUCACCACUUCAGAGCAGAGCGGCAAAAGAUACGUACUGCUAGAUUAAUAUUUCAUUGAGCAGUCCAUCAUAUCCACAUCCAAGCAAACCACUCUGCUGUGGAGAGUGUGUAAUAUUUAUUUUGGUUACAGCGUAGGACUUUAAAGUAAAGCCUAAAGGUUUAAGCACAUAUUUAGUUUAUCACAAUAUAUUUCAUGAUCA